UUGUACUGUGAUCGUCAAACACUCAAGCCUGCUGAACAGACAACCCUUUCUGCUCUCUAUUAUGCUCAUUUGGCUAAGCUCGCAGAAGUCCCUGAUGGAGUGCUGAAUGUGAUUACAGGAUUUGGAUCUACUAUUGGUGCCGCCAUUAGCUCUCACAUGGGCAUUGAUAAGUUUGCAGUUUCUUCUGUGAUCAUUACUCUCUGCACUAUGACUACCCUUUUCCAGUACAGUGACAAGUCACUGGUGUUUGUCUACUUCUUUGCUUUUGGACUCAGUGCCAUCACAAUGUCCUUUCUGAUCUCUACAUUUUUCACACGAGCAAAAACUGCCAUAGCUGUUGGGACGCUUUCUUUCUUUGGGGCAUUUUUCCCUUAUUAUACAGUCAAUGAUGAGACAAUUUCCAUGGUAUUAAAAGUGAUGGCUUCAUUUCUUUCACCCACAGCCUUUGCAUUGGGCUCUAUCAACUUUGCUGAAUAUGAGCGUGGUCUCUAUUUGACACAGUACUCUAUGGUGCUAUUGGUCUCUAUCUGGAUAAGGGAUGUGGUCAAAUGGGCCACUUAGCAACAGAUUGCGAAGGGAAGGCGAAGAGAAAGGCUGGGGAGUUUGAUGAAAAAGGUGAUACUGAAGUGGUGGCAAAAAAGCCUUAUCAGGUUGAUGGGAGAGGGUAUUUGACGGAUGGCAGCAAGCAAGAUUUUGAAGUGGACAUUAAUGGCAAGAGGUUUUCUUGGCAGGGCAUUGCCAAAUUGCCUUUCAUAGAUGAAGCUCGGCUCCAUGGAGAGGCAUACAUUGACGAUAAGGUUAUCUAUCCUUAUUACCCAAUUGAGCUCAAAGAGAUUAGUAUUUUAAUCGAUCAUGUAAUCAAAUUUUAAUUGAGCCAAAUUAUCUUU